AUGGAUAUGCCAUUUCUGAAACUGCUAUCCUAUUUUCUGCUUCUUUCCUCCUUUGAUCUGGCUUCUUCUGAAGUCCACAUCCCGGCUUACUUUGACCACAGCUGCACAAUUAAUAAAAACUUCACUUCCAGUAGCCCCUACCAGUUCAACCUUGACACUCUCUUCGGUAUCUUGUAUGAAAAGGCCGCCGGCGGUGAUACUCCCGAAUUCUUCAACACCAGCUCUGCCAACGUAUAUGGAGAGUUCAUGUGCCGAGGUGACGUCCCCAUUCAGGUCUGUCGAGAUUGCGUUCAGGACGCCAUAAAUCGAAUGGCCUCCGAAUGUCCCUACAACAAAGAGGCAGUCAUCUGGUACGACCAGUGCUCCCUCCGCUAUUCCGACCGUUCUUUCUUCUCCACCCUCGAUCAACUGCCGACAGUUAGCAGAGCGUUGUUAACUAGCUGUCUCCGUAAACCAAUGUCAACACAAUGCGGCGAGAUUCUACCCCCUCCAAACCCAGAUGCAUACGCAGAAUUAAAUAAGACGUUGAAUGAUGCGGUGGUGGAGGCGGCGAUGUGA